AUGAGUACGAAAAAGGCCGUGUGCUCUGUUGCACCUCUUGCUCUUCGGAUCGUAGCUGAAUGUCCCGUUAGCAAAGCGCGAGCGUGUGAUCUCAGACUCCCUCACUGUACCGUUAACACUCCGGUUUUUAUGCCGGUGGGGACACAGGGCACGAUGAAGGGAAUAACUGUAGAUCAGCUUGAAGAUUUAGGCUGUCAGAUAUGUCUCGGCAACACCUAUCAUUUGGGUAUGAGACCGGGACCUGAGCUGAUUGAGAAAGUAAAUGGCCUUCAUGGCUUCAUGAACUGGAAAAGAAAUCUUUUAACGGACAGCGGUGGAUUCCAGAUGGUUUCCUUAGUCGAACUUUCGGAAGUCUCGGAGGAAGGCGUGAGGUUUCGUUCCCCGUAUGACGGCAAAGAAAUCUUACUCACACCUGAGCAAUCCAUUGCCAUUCAGAACAGCCUAGGUUCAGACAUUAUGAUGCAGUUGGAUGAUGUGGUUAGCAGCACAGUCACUGGACCACGGGUGGAGGAGGCCAUGAAGCGUUCUAUCCGCUGGUUGGACCGCUGUAUCGCAGCCAAUAAGAAUCCAGACAGGCAGAACCUUUUUGCCAUAAUCCAGGGUGGGCUUAAUGCGGAGCUGCGUAAGGCCUGUCUGGAUGAAAUGACAAAGAGAGAUGUUCCAGGCUUUGCCAUUGGUGGGCUCAGCGGUGGAGAGGAAAAGGAUGAUUUCUGGAAGAUGGUGACUUUAAGCACAGAUCACCUGCCCAGAGAGAAACCCCGUUAUCUCAUGGGUGUUGGGUAUGCAGUGGACCUGGUAGUGUGUGUUGCCUUGGGAUGUGACAUGUUUGACUGUGUUUUCCCCACUCGAACAGCUCGAUUCGGUUCAGCCUUGGUUCCGUGGGGAUCCCUGCAGAUCAAACAAAAGCAGUUUGCCAAAGAUUUCCAGCCUAUUGAUCCAGACUGCCAGUGUGCCACCUGUAGGAGACACAGUCGGACUUAUCUGCACGCUCUGUUUAAGACAGACACUGCAGCCAUGCAUCACAUCACCAUCCAUAACAUUGCUUACCAGCUGACACUAAUGCGUUCGGUACGACAGAGCAUUAUAGAACAGCGUUUCCCUGAGUUUGUGAGGCAGUUCAUGAGGAGAAUGUUCCCUCUGCGUGAGCAGUAUCCUGCUUGGGCAGUGGAGGCACUGGCAUCAGUAAACAUCACCCUGGACUAA